UAUUCAUCAACUCCAUCUCACUUUCAACAUCGCUGCCUCUACGCCGCGCGCUCGGACCCCUCACAACUUUAUAUAACGACUUUCUCUCCAAGACUCAGUAUCGCAACACACAUACGACACUACAUCAGAUAAUACUCUUCUCUAUCCCGACUCUCUCGCGAUGGCGUCGACGUCGGCAGAGCUGAUCGUCGCCAAAGCUGCCCUCACAGGCGCCCUCUUUCGAGCGGACCCGCAGUCCUGUUCUCGCGACGAGAUCGAGUCAACGCUCGCGUUGCUGAACACGGCCACCGCCGAGUGCUCGCCCUCCAAUGUCCAGAAAUGCAAGCAAUGGGCUCUCACCAACCUGGUUCCGUCCUCUAUGCGGAUCGCUCCCUUUUGCAAGUACCUGGUCGCACUUGUCAAGUCGUAUGGCCAGGCCCCGGCCAAGGAUCUCACGGAGAGCGAGAAGAAGAGAGGUCGUGAGACGUCGGCCAAGCGCAAACGUCUCCAUGCCCUCUACCUUCUCAAUGACAUCCUCUAUCAUGUCAAGUUCCGCAACCACGAUGACAGCUUCGCUCCGAAGCUUGAACAGGCGCUUCCCGUUUUGGUCAGGAGCGCCUCUUCGUUCACGAACUGUCCGAAGCACAUUCGCAAAAUCCAGGACUUGAUUUCCCUAUGGGAGGAUAAAGGUUACUUCUCAGAGGCUGUAAUCAAACAGCUACGGGUGGCCGUAGAAGAAGCGCCGGCAUCAAAUGCUUCUGUCCCGAACACAGCGCAGCCGACUGCCAUAACUACCAGCUCAGUACCCAAGCCCGUAAAAGCAGCUCCUUUUAUCAUGCCAGCCAUGCACGGCGAUCCCUCCAUAGCAUGGUACGACUUACCGGCAGGCAACUGGAUGCCCGUCCUAGAACCGAACUCUACGAGGCCCAUGAACCCCGACAUGAUCAAGCCCCUUGUCUUGUCCGCAGGCCCGGCAGAAAAGACACUCGUGGAGGCGGUUAAGAAACUGCUCGUCGAUGUUGACAACAUCUUCUCCAAGGAUGCCGCGAACCUUGAUGGGCCCACACCAGAAAUUGGUCAGAUGGGAGAGGUCAUAGAGACCGACGAAAUUACUGGCGAGGUCAUCGGAGGUGAAACCUACUACGGCUGGUCUCGAAACUUCUGCGAGAAAAUGAAGAAGCGGAAUCAGCGCGGAGCUUCGGGUAAUGAUAGCCGAUCGCGAACUCGAGAAAGGACACGGUCAUCGAGAUCAAAAUCGCGCUCAUACAGCCCCAGUCGGAGCAGAGACUCGAGCCGGGGGUCUGAUAGACCUGCUUUCAAACGUCAGCGGCUGUCAGAGUCGCCAGAAAGAAGUUAUCGCAACCGGAGCAGGUCCAGAAGUCAGGGUCGCAGCUUGAGCCGGAGCCGAAGUCGAGACAGGAGCCCACGCGGUCGUGGUUACGCUUCGCGCAGUCAUUCCAGGUCUCGCUCAAGGGGCAGAUACAGGUCCAGAUCCAGAUCAAGGUCAACAAGUCGUCCAGGCUUCCGACAGAGGAGUCCAAGGUACGGUUCCCGGGGUCGAAGUCGCUCUAGGUCCCCUGCUAGACUUAGAGGACAACAUCAACAACCACCUUAUCAUGCUCCUCCACCGCUUACCAGCUUUCCCACGGGAAUGCCGCCUCGCCCACCGCAGCACCCGGGUGUCUUCGUCCCGCCGCCGCCGCCGCCCAACCAACAACCAGCCGGUAACUUCCACCCGGUCCCGCCUCCUAUCGGCUUUCCUGUUCCCGUCCCUCCUCUCCCAGGACAACCUCACCAAUUCCCCGGCUUCCCAGUUCCACCCCCUCCGCCCCCUCCGCAAAACUACCAAGGCCAAUGGCCGCCGCCGCCCGGUCCGCCUCACCAAUAUCCUCAGCAUCCUCAACAUCCAACCCCUCCGCCGCAUAUCACUACCCCGUCGCCGCCGCCUCCGAACUUCUACCCGCCUGGUGGUCCGAUGGGUGUAUCUCCCCACCCUCCCCCAUUUGCUACUCCUCCCGGCGGUGCCUGGCCGCCGCCGCCCCCGCCGCCGCAGCACUCGAACCAACCUCCUCAUCACCAUGCUCAGCAUCAGCAGCAUCAACCCCAGUAUCAUCAGCCUCGGCAGCACCAAGGUCAUGACUAUCAAGGCUAUCCUCAGCACAACCAGCAGCGUGACUAUCAGCAGCACCAGCAGCAACAGGGACGCGAAGGAGACUACGGAGGAGGAAACGGAUCGGGUUACAGAGGUGGACGUGGCGGUGGAGGAGGUGGACGAGGAGAUUAUGGUCGAGGGGGGUAUGGAGGGCAGCGUAGUGGUGCCCCGUGGAGUGGUGGUUGGGCGUGAUGAGUUACGGGAGUAAGCAGGUAUCUUCUGCUGGGUUCAGUUAGUGGAGUGAGGUGGAAGGGUAUGGUUAUUAGCGGUGAACAGAGAUAAAGCAGCUAUGUACUAUAGAACAGAAAUACCAAUUUCUCA